UUGAAUUUGUUUUGUUUUGUUGACACUGACAGUGAGUUGAGUGACACUACAUUAUUGAAGUGAUUAGUAAAAAGACUAACAUUUGGAUUGAACGUUGUAGAUGUGAACACUGUCCAAUAAAAUAGGGUUAACCUGCUUAACUAAAGAUUGAUGAAGUUUCAAUUAUUUUUAUAUUUUCCAUGUUUUUGCCAUUAGUUUAGCCAAUACCAGUUAGCAAAGAUGACAGCACUACUUAUACAUGAUUGGCACCCUACUGAUAAAGAUGGUUAUUAUAGGAAAUUUGAAAUGUAUAAUAUGUCAUGGCAGAGAGAGGUUUCACUUGAGUCGUCAGUUCUCACAUGUUCUCCGAAUGGUGGUCCUAUUGCUGUAAUGCGGGACAGAACCAAGUUGGUCAAAGUACAAGGCAGUGGAAAACCAGUAAUUGCAAUCUAUAGCUCCUCUGGAAAACUGAUUUCUACUUUUGUGUGGAAUAGUGGCAAUGUUUUGCAGCUCGGCUGGUCUACGUCAGAAGAACUUCUAUGUGUACAGGAAGAUGGAAUGGUUUUGGUCUACGAUAUGUUUUCCAAUUAUCAGCGUACUUUCAGUAUGGGGAAGGAUGUUCAAGAGACCCGUGUUACGGCAGCGCAAGUGUUUGAAAGUGCCAUAGGGACUGGAGUCGCAGUGUUGACUAUGGCACAUCGUAUCUUCAUAGUCAACAAUUACAAGGAACCAAAAACGAGGCUCCUAGCUGAAAUACCAGGUAUGCAGUUAGGUCCGAGCGCCUGGGCGUUAGUGUGCGAAGAGAGACACACUAGGGUCAUGCUGGCUCUUGGUCCUGAGAUAUAUUCCCUUAGUGAAGCGGAGUCAAGGGCCACGAUACAGCAUGUAGACCUGGGAGACGAAGGAGCAGGUGUCGUAGUCAAGAUGGCUGUCUCGUCCACCAGUCAGAGUGUGGCAUUGCUGACGGACCGAGGCAAACUGUGGCUUGGCACCGUGGACUUGCGACACAACUACCGGCUACUUGAUGUACGCAACUUCAACAUCAAACAGAUAGCAUGGUGUGGAGAACAAGGUGUAGUUCUCAACUGUGACACUAGCCUAGAAGUAAUCCCUUGCAGAGAGGACAACCUUCAGUUUACCAUGGACUGUACGAGUCAUCUGAUACAAGAGAAAGACUGUUUGAGGGUUGUGUCAGCCACCACACACGAGAUUAUCCAGAGGGUGCCGCAAGUGGUCGUAGACAUCUUCAGGAUAAAUAGCACCAGUCCUGGGUCUUACCUACUAGAGGCUUCUCAACAGUUCCAGAAAAAAAGUCACAGAGCAAAUGAGUACAUCCACUUGGUGAGGCCAAAGCUCGCCAUGGCUGUUGGACAGUGUGUCGAGGCAGCAGGACAUGAGUUCAAUCCAAGCCAUCAGAAAAUGUUAAUAAAAGCUGCCCAGUUUGGUAAAAGCUUCCUACCAGAAUUUAAUCCUGAUUCCUAUGUGAGGAUGUGUCGUCUGCUUAGAGUUUUGAAUGCUGUUAGAGAUCCAAAAAUUGGGAUCCCCAUCACAUUUGCACAAUUACAGCUUUUGUCAAUACCACUUCUUGUGGACAUGUUAGUCAGGAGGAGGCAAUAUUUUUUAGCAAUUCAAGCUGUCAAUUAUCUGCAUAUACCAGACUCCAGCAGCCACAUUCUCACUCAUUGGGCAUCCUAUAAGGUAAAGCAGCGCAGGCAAGACUCGGACCAAAUUGCGAGAGAGAUCGCAGACAAGUUAGGCCGUACCGUGGGAGUUUCAUACACUGGCAUUGCCAAAGAAGCCAUCAAUGACGGGCGAAUUGAGCUAGCCAUCAAGUUAUUGGACUAUGAACCUAGGGCCACACUUCAAGUUCCUUUACUUCUCAGUCUUAACAAGGUGGAAGUUGCUCUGGUGAAGUCUAUUGAAAGUGGCAACACAGAUCUGGUCUAUACAGUGCUCAUACACCUGCACGAAAACAUGCAACUUGGCAAUUUUGAGAUGAAGAUUCGACAGUUUCCUCUAGCUCAGGCCCUGUACCUCAAGUAUUGUAAGGAACAUAGUAGAGAACGACUCAGAAUGAUUUACAUGCAAGAAGAUGACCAUUUCGCUCAAGCUGCCUGUUUCAUACAAGAUGCCUACGACCCAAAGAGCACUACAAGUCGGGAAGCUUCUUUGGUUGCUGCAGCGGAAAAGUUCAAAAUUGCAAAGAACGAACUUCACGCUUGUUUGUGUGACGAACAGUUGAAGUUGUUGAAGUACCAGAGGACUUUGGAAGAAAAAUUCCACAGAGAUUUCGUAAACGGAAGUCUUCAAGACACUGUUGUGGGUCUCUUGUCCUUGGGAGAGGUCAAACUGGCAGACAAACUGCGAACUGAGUACAAAGUUCCUGAUCGCAGGUACUGGUGGCUUAGAAUCGAGAGUUUAGCAGAACAAGGGAAAUGGACAGAUUUAGAAAUAUUUUCCAAAAGUAAAAAAUCUCCCGUUGGUUAUGAGCCGUUUGUUGAUGUUUGUUUAAAACACAACAAUCAGUCAGAAGCCUUAAAAUACAUGCCAAAGGUACGAGAAGAACUGAGAGAAAAAUAUAUCAGCAAGCUUGGGAUUAGCAUCUUGAGCCAGGGAAGUGAUUUGAGCAUAUUAGCUUGGCUGAUCAAAGAUGUGUUGGGGGCUGUUUUUAAUCCGAAGCCCUUGGAGCUAGGGCACAGCACGUGGUUCGUUAAUCCAUAAAGAUCUGCAGCAUCACGAAGAACAAGUUAACAUGCUGAGCUUCUUGGAUGCAAGGUUUUUCUUCAAUCAGAGCCUAUCAAUACAGGACACCUUAAAUUCCUAAUUUUGUAUUCACAUAGCAAGAUUUUAUGUUACUCAAAGUAUUUAGUCACAAUAUUGUAAAUAGGAAUAAUAUGUUGGAAUGAUUUGUUUUAACCUUUUUUAGCAUAAUUUUAAUGACCAUUUAUCCUUUGUUAUAAAUAGUUUAAUUUAUCUAAAUUUGUUAUUACUCAGAAUGCUUUAUUGUUAUUCAAAGUUUGAUUUGAUCAAAUUUUGUAAUUAAAGUGGUCUACCCACGAUGCAUGAUUUUUGUACUUUCAAAUAAAGUUUUAGUUUUAAAUUGUUUUCAGUUUUUAAAAGUUAUAUCAGUUUUAUUAUGUUUAAUGUGCGACUGGACAUGCUUAGAGUAUAUAUAAAUUGCACAAUAAAAAUGUUGCCAUACAUCCAUUUUGUAUUGGUAUGUUUUCUUAAACCACACCAUACCAAAUGAAAGAUUUAAUGUCUACUGUGAUCAUUCCAGAUUUUUAUAUCAAAUAGCAAAAAAUUAUUUUAGUUAUUAGUAGUUUUAAUUAAUAUGUUCUUAAUUUAGUGUAUUUAUUUUGUACAGCUUGAAAAUAAUUGUAAAGCAAGCUAUUCAAUGUUGAGAACUAUAUUGUUAUUCUAGUCAUGUA